AUGAAUGAUUCUUUUGCAUCUCAGUUUACAGAUGUUUUAGAUGCAAACUUUGAUGCAAGCAUUCGUAACAUAUAUAUACAGUAUGCUAAAAUGGCCGACAAUGACAUUAAUAAGGCAGAUUUUUUGUCCAACGCAUCUCCUAAACUGAAAGAGAUAAUUUCAGCAUUAGAAAACUACAGAAAUGAACUAAAGAGGAAGAAAAAUGUACUAAAAGGCAAAAAUGAUCCAAAUUUUGAUGAUGCAUUUCUUCGAGAAUUUCAAAAAACAUCAUUAAAGCUAAACAUCCUUAACAAGGCAAUAUCUGAAGCCAAAACAGAAAUUCAUUCUUUACAAUUAGAAAAUCAAGAAUUAGAACAGAUGCUUGCUUUCCUUCAGGAAUAG